AUGUCAGAGUCGUCUUGGACAAUAUCAGCAACCGGUCUGGCACCUUGCCUCCCCCUAGAAUGCUCAAUAGAGUCUGUCUGGACGAAUGUGGAUAGUUCUCCACCAGUCAUUGCUGAUGUGAGUGAAGUACCGGUACUAGACUGUUUGCCAGUUAAGAGUUACAGAAGCAUUGUUCUUGGAGGAACACUUGAUGGCAUCCACGCUGGACAUAAAAUCCUGCUGAGCGAGUCGGCGAUGAGAGCAGAAGAGAAGAUUACAGUUGGUGUGACAGACAUAUCCAUGCUGCAACGUAAGAACGCAUCAAAUCAAAAUAAAGAUCUACCUGGCACCCCAUACGUGAUUGGUCUGACCGGUGGCAUAGCCAGCAGGAAGUCUUCAGUAUGUAGACGGCUGGAGGGGCUCGGUGCUGCAGUGAUUGACUGUGAUAAGCUGGGGCACAAGGCCUACCUACCAGGCACGCAGGGAUUCAGGAGAAUGUUGGGGCUGAUGGAAGCAUCAACCAUUUGUCAACAGGCGUGCUCUCGGCGCCAAAGUCUUCCAAGACUGAUCCCGUCUGGACCGGCUGAACCAGAUCGUCUGGCCGGAGAUUGCCAGCAUGGUUCAGGAGGAGAUGAGGGUCCUGGAGGUGAUGAAGGAUGCCUGGUGUGUGUGCUGGAUGCAGCCGUGCUGAUUGAAGCAGGGUGGGACGGCUUCUGCCAUGAGGUGUUGUCAUGCAUUAUUCAUAAGGAUGAGGCCUUGAAGCGUAUUCUAGACAGGGAUCGUCUACCAGAGGAGAAGGCACGACAGCGCAUAGAAUCCCAGCUCAGUAACCAGGAACGUGUGGAUCAUUCCAAUGUUGUCUUCUGCACCUCCUGGGAGCCAGAGGUCACUCAGAAACAGAUAAAUCUAACCCAAAAAUGCCUCUAA